GACAUGAGUUAGACCGCUUAAAGUGACGUCAGUGAAAUGGGUGGUGGAAUAAAGAGCAGAGGUAAAGGAUCGAAGUGUGCUGAAAUUGAGAAUCAGCGAUAGUGUAGAGCGUAAUCUCUUCUUCACCUAAACCAUCAUUGAACGCGCCGUUCUUCUGUUCAUUUUGCGUUAAUCCGUUUCACCACAGCGAAAACACUUGUGGCGUUCGAGAACGAGGGAACUUAAGAUACCUUUCUAUUUUCUCAAGAUGAGGAGAACUACAUUCAUUUUAUUGAGCCACUAGACUAAAUUAAUCUUCCUUAUAGUGUAUAUGCUUCUGCCCAUCCAUGUCCAACAGUGUGGUGGUGGUGAAGACGCAGUUUCCACCAAAACGACAAGGAAAAGAAAGAGAGGAAUCAAGGCGACAGAGCACCAUACACAGCCUACUUGGUUUUCCAAGCCGAAGCUUAAGAAUUAUUUCCAAAGACAUCCACACGCCUCUGCAGACAUGGAGGCACACGGGGUCGCGAGCCCGGUAAGACCGCGUGAGGGCAUGACCAAGAACGUGAGCCUGGAGUCGCUCCAGCUGUGCGAGAGAGACGGUAAGGCUGAGGAUCCUGGAGUGGUAGGAAUGGAAUUACCUGUUGCUCGCAACAUCAAGAUCAGUAACAUCACAUGUGACUCCUUUAAGAUCUGCUGGGAAAUGGACCCUCAUACCACAGAGAAGAUCACACAUUACUUCAUUGAUCUUAACAAGAAGGAGAACAAAAACUCCAACAAAUUCAAACACAAGGAUGUGCCUACAAAGCUUGUUGCUAAGGCAGUCCCGUUGCCCAUGACAGUGCGAGGCCAUUGGUUCCUGAGUCCACGGACAGAAUACACAGUUGCCGUGCAAAUAGCAUCCAAACAGACGGAUGGAGACUACUCUGUAUCAGAAUGGAGUGACAUUGUUGAAUUUUGUACAGCAGAUUAUUCCUCAGUGCAUUUGACACAGCUGUUGCAGAAGGCUGAAGUCAUUGCUGGCAGGAUGCUCAAGUUCUCCGUCUUUUACCGAAAUCAGAAUGAGGAUUACUUCCAACACUGCAGGGAUGUUCUUGGCAGUCAAAUGAUGCCCUCGGUAAAGGAUAACAGCGGUAGUCAUGGUUCACCUCUCAGCGGUAAACUGGAGGGGAUCUUCUUCAGCUGCAACACUGAGUUUAACACAGGUCAGCCGCCACAGGAUUCCCCCUACGGCCGCUUCCGCUUCCAGAUACCCGCCGAGGUUCUGUUCACCCAUGACACUCGCCUCUACUUCGGGGACUUCUACUGCAUGUACACUGCCUAUCAUUAUGUUAUCCUCGUCCUGGCUCCUCGAGGCUCGCGUGGAGACCUUUACUGUAGAGAUCGCCUGCCAGAGCUGGAUGUCACAAACAACCGCUUUCUCACACGUGUAAGCGGGGAGGAUGGGCGGGUGGUGUUUCAGCAUGCGCAGGAUGUGAUUCUGGAGCUGAUUUAUACUGAGCCUGUGCAGCUGGCCCAGGGGACUGUUUCUCAGAUCAGCGGCCACCAGUUGAUGAGCUUGUCAACUGUCAAUGCUAAGAAAGACCCCAGCUGCAAGACCUGCAACAUCAGCGUUGGGCGCUAACUUGGGCGAACAUUCACACACAGGCCCAAUUGUGCAUAAAAACCUCAGAAUGCUACAUUACAGAACCAGAUACAGAUGAACCCCAAGAUAAAAGAAUCCUCCAGAUAUGCCCAUGUGGCACUCAGACCCUUUUGGGGGCCACCCAGCCCCCCUCAGCUAAUGCUAGAAAAUUAUAUCUUUGCUCAAUGAACUAAGAAGUGUUAAAAAAAAGUGCAACAGAAAAAAAAUAGAAGAGAACAAGAGAAAAAAACACUGAUUUAAGGCUAAAAAGGAUAACAAAUCAAGAUUUUAAUAUAAAAAAAACUGAAAAUUUUCAAAAUGGAGACAAAGAGUAAAAGCUAAAUUUCCAAAAAAAAAAAAAAAAACUUAAUCCCACUGUGAAUCUUUCAUGUGUUCUUGCUUCUUUUUCUGCUUGAAAUUCAGACCCAAGCCCUGUUUAUCCCCAAACCAUUUGUGAUUUUAUUUUAUAACACAGUGACUCUCAGACAAGGAUGUCUUGUUCAGUUUCCACUGUGGCGAACUCCACCUGUCUUUUAUGUUGGACUUGUACUGCAUGAAGUCUGAUCCUUUAAGCAUCUAAAUGCCACCUCAGCCUUUAAACCUUUAUACGGGGAUUUUCUUCAGUUACACCGAUCAUUCCUCUUGUGGUCUGCGUGCCCGUAAUCACCCUUGACAUGCGCCUCUGAGGUCUUCUACUGCAUGUCAUUACAUUAUCCAGAUGGAUGUGACAAAAAAACUAAUGCUUUAAGAGUUUUACGCCAAUUGAUCAUUGAAGCACCUACAUGACACCCCAGCCUUGAAACCUUCUACUUUAACCUCAGUCUUUUCAUUUUCUACUGAUCGCAAUUCCACUUUAACCUUUCUAACUCAUUAUUACUGUAUAUUGAUGUUCUUGUUUCAUUGUUGUUUUUUUGUUUUAUGUGUUGCAGUAUUAAUGGUGUGAGAUGAUUUCUGAUAGAAUGUCAAACAGUAAGUAGAACUGAUUUUUGUAUAACAUAUCUAUUGCUGGACACAGCUCUGUCCAGGUUCUUGAGGAGUUUGCACUGUCCUAUCAGAGGCCUGAUGGUGUCAUUCUUGCACCCUCGGGUGGUGAAAAAGUUCAAUUUCAGAGAUGCAUGCCUAAGAUUUUGUGCUUUACUGUUUCUGAACUUGUUACUUGUUCCUUAAGCUCCAAAAAUAGAAACCAAUGGCAGCAGACAUGACAUUCUAAUUUUUUGGAAAACUCUUAGCUGCCAGUAUCUUAAAAUCUGUGGUCAUCAUUUAAAAUAAAAUAUUAGGAUAUUACCUUUUUUUUAUAACUAUAAUAAAUUCUACACUUUAUGUACUCAUAAA